GACAGAUGACACAGUAAGACAUCAUGGGUGCUGUGAGGAGCUCAUUUAGUUCUGUUCCGCUUCAACAACGGAUGUCAGAGGCGGAUGGGGGAGGGAUUGCACGUGUGCAUGUGCAGGAAGCGACUAGGAAAAGCCUUGUCUCUGGGAGGAUUCCACCUGGCAACACCUCACAUGGGACAGGCAGAGAAGACACUGAACGCCCCAGGCGGGCUGCUUCCAUCGGGUGGCAAAAUGUUGGACUGGGCCAAGUCCAGGGGCAUAAAAAGUAACUGCGUAACAAGCACCUGGGGCUUUUCGAAACUUUCUGAUUUUAGCUUGAGCUUUUUUGAGACUGUGCUUUUGUUUUUGAGGCUUGGUUUUUCGAGACUUGCUUUUCGAAUCUUGCUUUUGAGUCGGGGCUUUUUGAGUCUUAGGCUUUUUGCCCUACCCCCAAGCCUGCCUUCUGGCUCUCCUGCCCUCGCCGGCUCUGGCUCUGCCCCGCGUUUGCCCUGCCUCCCUGUGUGUCUGACCAACGCCCCGCCUGUUCCGUCUCUGCGUCCGUGCCUUUGCCCUCCGGGUCGCACGCUGCCGCCCCGGCGCAGCCGUGGCCACCGGGACUGCGCCUUUCCCAGAGCCGCGCUGGCCCGUUCCCACCCACGGCAGGCAGCCAGCACAGCCCCGCCGCCUGGGCGCCGACAGCAUUUCCCUGACUCGCUCCGGUACACAGUUCACAGAUACAAUAUUUGCCUCGUUUGGUAUAAUUUCAUUCCCGAAAAUCCAUUACUGAAAGAACUUGCAGUUCCCCGCAGUAGAACGCAACAGGUGCCCCGGAAUGGUCGGGGCUGAAGGCUGUGCUGCAGAUGCUGACGGGGCCACGGAUGUCUAGGCACUGCAGACCCCAAGACUAUGGGCCCACGGACUACAUGGACUUCAGGGAGGGGCUGUGCAAGUUCUGCUUCAAGAGCUUCACUUAUGAGGGCAAGCUCAGAAGGUGGGAACUUUACAGACACCUCAAGGACUUCUGAGGUUUUGGAGAGAACUGUUCUGCCUCCUACUAUGGCUGAACCUCAGGGGACAGGAGGGACUUCAUUCUAGCCCUGUGGGAUCUUGGUUUCAUCUUGUUUAUUAUGAUUGUUUUUAUACACAGUCAGGAUAACUCCUGGAGAAAGAACAAGCCUGGAUCCUGACCUGUACUGCAGCACAGUGCUGCACUACACCACAAUGCUGGCUGCUGGGGGUCGGUGCUCCCUGAUUUGGGGCUCUAAGUUAGAUGCCAGGCUGGGCUGUGUGAAAUACCAAGCUGUGUUUUGUGUCAGAUACGUACAGGCAAUGUGUAUCUGUGAUUGUGAUAUGUGUAGAAACUGACCAUGUGACAGUUAUAAAGACAAUUUUAAUAAAUAACUGAGGAAGUAAAACACAGAAGAAAGCCUUUGAACCUAUCCUUUGUUCUCAAUUAACCUUUGUAAGUCUUAAGUUGAUUUAGGAGCAUUUGAAUUAAAGCUUUAAGGAUGUUGCUGUUCGACAAGAACUUUCUGCUUCUAGCUAAGCCUUAAAGAGUUUUGCAAUAAUAACCUUUUGAAGUAUAAUUUUAAAAUAUUGCUUGUAGUAAGAAUCUUUGAAACUAUAGCUUUAGAAUAUAUAAAAUAAAAACAUGCUUAUCUCGACACCUUCAUAAAACAUGAAAAAGCAGCUUGAGAAAGGAAGAUGAACAUCAACUCGAGGAUUGGUAGUUUCGACCAAAGGAAUCUAGACAUGACUGUUAGGAGAUUUAUAGUCCUUGCAAUUAAAAGGUGAAUCCACAUCUGGAAUCUAGACCUCACCAGCUGGGAGACUUCUUUCUUCCUUUGGAAGCUGGACCCCACCAUCUGGGGAUACUCCUUUCUGGGAUACAUCCUGAAAAAAACUAAAUCACAAUAGUGUAUAGAAUUGUGACGUAAAAAAUUAGAAAUAGAAACUGCUGAGAAGGCUUAUGAGUACUCCUAUAAAUACCUGUAAGCCCCAACUAUCAGUGUGCAGGUAGAGGGAAAAUUUCCCCCACUGUACUGCUCUGUAUUGCUCAUACUUUACCAUA